ACCAUGAGGUGGUCACGUUCAUUGCCUAUAGUCCGUUCCAUUGUUUAUUCGUAAUCUUACAAUGAUAUGUAACAAGAGAGACGAGAUACACUAUUGAAAUGACACAAGAGAAAUACACACAUAUAUAUAUAGAGGCUCAUCAAAUCGCUAGUCAAAGCAGUCUGCUUUGAAACUUGAUCGAAGACACAGUUCGCAUAUUAACAGUGAUAAAUAUGAGUAACAAAUUGGUUUUAUAUAAUUUGGAUCUCAGUCCACCGGUGCGUGUUGUAAAAACAGUAGCAAAAUUACUAAAUUUGGAGCUUGAACUUCGUGAUGUUGAUUUGUUGAACGGUGAGCAUUUGAAAGAGCCAUACAUAAAGCUCAAUCCCGAGCAUACCGUUCCAACAUUGGUCGAUGGGGAUUUCGCCAUUUGGGACAGUCACACAAUUUGCGCCUAUUUAGUGGACAAAUACGCAAAAGAUGAUGCAUUGUAUCCAAAAGAUUUACAAUUGAGAGCCAAAUGCAAUCAACGUCUGUUUUUUGACGCCGCCAGUUUGUUUGUACGUUUGCGCGAUUGCUCUGUACAUGUCUUAUUUGAUGGUGGUAAAGAAAUUCCCCAAGACAAAAUCACUCCAAUGUAUGCUGCUUAUGACAUUUUGGAAGCAUUUCUCGCAACCGAUCCGUUUUUAGUGGGAAAUCAUUUGACAAUUGCCGAUAUCAGUGUAUCAAUUACUGCACUUCUGCUUGAAGUAUAUGCUCCAAUUCCAAGUGAUAAAUACCCAAAGAUAACAGCUUGGCUGAAACGUAUAAGCAAAACGAUUCCGUUCUUUGACGAACUGAAUGCAUCAUCGACGGAACAAUACCGUCAACUUGUUCAAAGUACUCUUGAGAAAAAUAAACAGAAUUAAGAUGUGAAUUUUAAAUAUUUGUUACAUAUUUUUCAUCUAAUAAAUGUUUGAUCGCUUAUUCCAGUGAA